CAAAUAUUUACAGCACAACAUUGAUAUCUGAGCCACUUGAAAUCUUUGAGCUCUGUUUGUUUUUUAUCCAAAAAAACUCAUCACGAACCGUUCUUUGAUCUCGUCUCCAAUUGGGUUUCCAUCAUUUUCCAUGAGUUUUAAGAAUUUUGCGUAAAAAUCCAAUCUUUGUUGCUUUCUGAUACAUGGAGCUUUUGGACCAGUUUACAGGUUUAGUUCUGAUUUAAAUUGAAUAAAGAAGUGAAGAGAUUGAGAAAAUGGAAGGAGAGACGUUCUCAGGCUUAGGCAAUGGAGCCCAAGUGGACACAAAAAUCCUCCAAAGCUUUCAUAAGAACUUUGUUCAAGUGCAAAGCAUUCUAGAUAAAAACAGGUUACUCAUCAAUGAGAUCAACCAGAAUCAUGACUCCAAAGUCCCUGAUAACCUCAGCAGAAAUGUUGGGCUCAUAAGAGAGCUUAAUAACAAUAUUCGAAGGGUUGUCGAUCUCUAUGGCGACCUCUCGACCUCCUUCUCAAAGUCCAUGGAGGCUUCCUCUGAUGGGGAUUCUUCUCUGAGGUCUGAUGCAAAGCUCGGUAUGAAGAGAUUCAGGUCAUGAAUUUAUUAAAUAAUCUUAUUAUUAUUAUUAUUGGUGUUGUAAUCUUCUUGUAUGUCUACUUUAAUCCUUAAGUGAUCUAAUUCUUUUUUCUAUGUUGUAGUGUUGAUCAGGAAGUGAUUGUCUCUCUUACUGAUAUUUAACUUAUAUGUUCUAAUUUUUUUGGGUCAUUCAUGAUA